GGAGACCACGUUUGUUUUGCCUCUGAAGUGACAGCAAUGACGUUUCCUGUUCAGGAUGCACCCACAGACCUGCCCCCUUCACGAUCUGCUGGCAUCCAUGGGAUGGUUCCCUACAGAUACAGAGUGAGAGGGAAUGUGGAUGACUUGAUAGCUGCACCUCGGAGUCAGAAGAUCCAGCACACAAACAGCAAUGCCUCUUUCAUUCUUUAGCCAGAGUAGAACCACUUCAGGAGAAGAGGUCAUAUGUUUCCAGAGUAAAUACCAAUGAAAAAUCAAACCACAAUCACUGAAUUUAUUCUCCUUGGACUUUCCACUGACCCAUGGAUGCAGAUUUUCCUCUUCCUGGUGUUUUUAAUUAUUUACAUGACGACUCUGGUUGGGAAUGUGUUGAUAAUGCUGGUGAUAAAAGCUGAUUCUCACCUGCACAACCCCAUGUACUUCUUUCUCUUCCAUUUAUCCUUUGUCGAUAUCUGCUAUUCCUCCGUCACGGUACCUAAAAUGCUGGUGAACUUCCUAGCGGAGCACAAAACUAUUUCUGUCCAUGGCUGCAUUAGCCAGAUGUUCUUCUUCAUUCUCACAGCCGGGACGGAGGUUUUCAUUCUCUCAGCCAUGGCCUACGACCGCUACGUGGCCAUCUGCCACCCAUUGCGUUACAUGCAGAUAAUGAGCAAAAGGAUCUGUGUUCAGCUGGUGAGCGGGGCAUGGACGGUCGGAAUUAUCUAUGCCCUGCUUAACAUGGGUUUGGCCCUCAAGUUGCAUUUCUGUGGGCCCAAUCAAAUUUUCCAUUUUAGCUGUGAGCUCCCUCAGCUAUUACAGCUGUCCUGCACGGAGACCUUCACCAAUGAAAUGGUGCUUCUGACUUCCGCUGUGAUACUCGGAGCCGCCUCCUUCCUCCUCACCUUGGUCUCCUACAUCCCCAUCAUCGCCACCAUCCUGAGGAUCCGCUCUGCACAGGGCCGGCGGAAAGCCUUCUCCACCUGCAGCUCCCACCUGAUUGUGGUUGGGUUCUUGUACCUGGCAGCGUUUAGCCAGUACACAAAAUCCAGCUCUGUCUCCUCUACGGUGUUGGAGGAAAUGUUCUCCAUCCAGUACAGCAUCCUGACUCCCAUGUUGAACCCCAUCAUCUACAGCCUGAAAAACAAGGAGGUGAAAACAGCGGUGGCGAAAUUACUGCGGACAUUCAAGGGAUGAUGAUGGGGCAUUGAGUUUCCUGUAUGAGAACAUGCUUCAGAUAGGAACAUGACGUAACUCCGAGGUGCUCUGCGCAGGAUGGCUCAUGGAAGGCAUCGUUGGAAAGGUUGCGAUUUGCUGAAUAUGAGCAUCCCAUUCGUAGGCACGUCUCUUUGGAGCUGAAGUGAAGAAGAUUGACCGGUGUAUCUAGAUUUCGUGUUUGCUGUCCUGGGUCGCCUCCCCGCCAGCGCUUCAGGGAUUACAACGGAAAAGCCAGAGUGAGCUGAUGGCCCAUCAGCUUAUACAUUGGGCUGUGAAUUGUCUUGGCCUUCCUGCAGAUGUUCCAUAAUGUGGCAGCACCCUGGACUGCCGACCUGUUCCACAGUGGAGUGGGUGGGAAAUCAAACAAGCCCUACCAUGGGGGGUGGAGAGAGGGGGGAACUGGAGGCCAGGGGGCAGAUGGAGGCCAGGGUCUUCCCCACCCCCCAGAGCAGCUGGAUGGCAGAUGGGUCAUCUGGAAGCCAGGGCCAGGACAUCCAGGAGACUGGGAGGCAGGGGCUGCCCCAAGAGAGCCCCCAGACGUGGGAAGGAGGAGGGCACGGGGGUAGCUGCGGGCAGGGGCUGGCCCACAAACUGGAGGUGAUAGGGGGCAGCUGGAGGCUUGGGAUGGCCCUGGCUGCUCCCCCAGGAGCCGCUGGCCAGGGAACACAACCUCAGACCCCCAGGAGGAGUGGCUUCCAGAGCAGCGACACCCUGCAGGUAGCCCCAGUAAAUCCCUCAAGGCUGCCCAGCCCCCCUUCCCUCAGCCUUCUGCCGUGGGUCCUGCACCCUCACACUCUGCCCUGACCCCUGCACUCCCAAUCUCUGCCUGACUCCUGCACCCCCAAACCCUGCCCUGAGCCCCACACAGCCAAAACCAUGCCCUAACGACAGCUGGGCCUUCACCCACCACUCGUGCUCUCCCUAUCCAUUGUUACCAGGAACCCCGGCACUGCACCCAGUGAUAGACUUCAGGGAGCCCAGUGGUUUUUUUCAGCCCUGAAAAGCUGCAGCACCCAAGCCCUUUUGUGAAUUUGGCUCCAACCAUUUUGACUUUUCUUUCCCUCUGAAACAUUUUAUUGUGCAGCCUGCCCCUCCGGGGGGAGGUGGGAGGAGAAACACUAAAAAGGGGUAAAACUACCCAGAAAUGAACGAAAAGUCUUGGGCAGCUGAUUGGCUGGUUGGCUGGUUACAAAUUGAACAAAAACAGGUUUUUGUUUUGGCGAGAGACACAUUAAAUA